GCGUAGUAACUUUAUGGGUUUUUAGUCAUUGUGUUACUAAAUGGCAAGUUAUAUUUACGUAAACAUACGAGUAGUAGGUAAAUUAAAUAAUUCGCAGAUUACUAUACCUACCUUGUCUUCGUAUGAUUUAUAAUAUUUAUUUAGAACGUAUUAUAAGUAACAGUGUUCUCUGAUUUGGCGGACGUAUUCUGCACAACAUAUAAUUUGACCUUAGGUCAUUGCUUAUCAUUACUGUAUCUACUUAUUAUUAUGUGUGUAAAGUAUCAACGAUGACGUCGUGUAUCCAAACUAUGACAUUUAACUAAUUAAAAACUCCUGGAUUUUCACAGUUUAUUAGUGUUAAGUAGUUCUAAAUAUAAUUAAGAUUAUUUACAAAAAUUUUAGUGUGAGUGCAUUACGUGGUCUACUACAACAGAAAGAUGAUGUCUAAAUAUUUGGACACUAUGACGUUGAAAUUCGUCUUAUUUGCUAGUAUAUUUUACAGCAGCUGUUUAGCAAAAAAGGAUCUGUACAACAAGGUGUAUGCCACAUUUCCGGACGACCCGUGUGACGUCACAGAGAUAAAAAUGCCAGAUUUUACCACAACGAAACGUUCAAUUAGUGAAAUCAAAUGCUUUGAAUACAUUUGGCGUAUACGAUAUGAACAAGGCAAGGUUGUGAGAAUGGCUCAAUGCGAAAAGAAAGAAGACUGGACUCUUGUGUUAGGGGGAAGUGAUGUGUCUCAUGGCGAGUACCCGCAUAUGGGUGCCCUAGGAUGGAAAGCGAAGGUCGGUACAUGGAUCUUCAAGUGUGGCGGCUCGUUAAUCAGCGAGAAGUUUUUGCUGACGGCCGCGCAUUGCUCCUGUGUGUCGAGCACCGACAAGAGCGUCACCGAGGUGCAGCCCAAGAUCGUGAGACUCGGCUGCAAAAAUAUUAUGGACGUUGAUAAAGGAACUCACGCGUACGACGUGAACAUCCUCAGGUUCAUAAGCCACCACCGCUACCAUCCUCCGCGGCAGUACUACGACAUAGCCCUGGUUGAGCUGGAGCAGGAAGUGACGUUCCGUUGGCAGGUGCACCCAGCCUGUCUAUGGACUGAAUUCAGUAACCCUGACGAAGGAACUGUCACUGGUUGGGGAGUGGUUGAAACUGGCAGUCUCAAAACGUCUCCGGAGCUACAAAAAGCUGAUAUAAGGAUAGUAGAGUCGGAUGAUUGCGACGAAAUGCUGCAGAUGAAACGGAAUCAACGCAAAUGGUGGGGCAUCGUGUGGCACCAACUCUGCGCCGGAGACUCCGCCGGACGCAUUGACACUUGCAAGGGUGAUUCAGGCGGUCCGUUGCAGACCCGCAUACCUCUGCGGCGCUCAAGCACUUUGUUGCAGUGGAAGCUGUACCAGAUAGUUGGAGUGACGUCAUUCGGGUUCGGCUGCGCUCGCCCCAACACUCCCAGCAUUUACACGAGAGUUGCGAGCUUUGUCAGCUGGAUCGAGAACAUUGUGUGGCCGACAAACAAGACGCUUGAAAACCGUUUUUUAUUUAACACUUAGUUUAAUUAGCUUU